AUAUUCUCAAGCAUUAGCCAUCGUAAAAACAUGUCAACUCUAGAGAAAAUUCAAGAAAAAAUCGCAAUGGAAAUUUACUUUGCUAAAAAGUUGAGAAAGGAGAUCCAAAGAGUAGAAGAACUUCAAAGGAAGAAUGACGAGAAGGAAGCCCUCAUUCUUAUCGGAGAAAUGGAAGCUGGGAUAAUCAAAGCACAAGAUUUGGACCUCCGGCAAACGGAGUUGACUCGUGCUUUUGUGAAGAAUAUGCUGAAAUCUCUUGAAGAUCAUAAGAAACAAGAAGAAGAGGGAGUUCAAUCAAAUGCAGUUCCUGCACAAGGAAAUGAAGAUGGAAAUUAAUGAAUUGCGUUGUUGUGUUGUUGCUGGAUGUUUCGCAUUCGCUAUUAUGUUGACUUUUAAUUUGAAAGUCCUUUAUGGAUUUUCUUUUUUAUUUUUUUUUAUUUUGAUGUAUUUGUGUCCUUGUUAAUUAGUUUAUUUGUUGUGUGGCAAUAAAGAAACAUCCAUUCUAUUCG